AUGCCCAGCACGCCCCGCACCCACACACCAAGUGUCUCGUCACCCAGCACGCCCCGCACCCACACGACAAGCGCCUCGAUGCCCAGCACGCCCUGCACCCACACACCAAGCGCCUCGUCACCCAGCACGCCCCGCACCCACACACCAAGCGCCUCGUCACCCAGCACACCCCCGCACCCACACACCAAGCGCCUCGUCACCCAGCACGCCAGGCACACACACGUCAAGCGCCUCGUCACCCAGCACGCCACGCACACACACGUCAAGCGCCUCGUCACCCAGCACGCCCCGCACCCACACGACAAGCGCCUCGAUGCCCAGCACGCCCCGCACCCACACACCAAGCGCCUCGAUGCCCAGCACGCCCCGCACCCACACACCAAGCGCCUCGAUGCCCAGCACGCCCCGCACCCACACAUCAAGCGCCUCGUCGCCCAGCACGCCCUGCACCCACACACCAAUCGCCUCGAUGCCCAGCACGCCCCGCACCCACACACCAAGCGCCUCGUCGCCCAGCACGCCCCGCACCCACACACCAAGCGCCUCGUCACCCAGCACGCCCCGCACCCACACACCAAGCGCCUCGAUGCCCAGCACGCCCUGCACCUAAACACCAAGCGCCUCGAUGCCCAGCACGCCCUGCACCCACACACCAAGCGCCUCGAUGCCCAGCACGCCCUGCACCCACACACCAAGCGCCUCGAUGCCCAGCACCCCCCGCACCCACACACCAAGCGCCUCGUCGCCCAGCACGCCCCGCACCCACACACCAAGCGCCUCGUUGCCCAGCACGCCCAGCACCCACACACCAAGCGCCUCAUCGCCCAGCAUGCCCCUCACCCACACACCAAACGGCUCAUCGCCCAGCACGCCCCGCACCCACACGACAAGCGCCUCGUCGCCCAGCACGCCCCGCACCCACACACCAAGCGCCUUAUCGCCCAGCACGCCCCUCACCCACACACCAAGCGCCUCAUCGCCCAGCACGCCCCUCACCCACACGACAAGCGCCUCAUCGCCCAGCACGCCCCUCACCCACACACCAAGCGCCUCAUCGCCCAGCACGCCCCGCACCCACACGACAAGCGCCUCAUCGCCCAGCACGCCCCGCACCCACACGACAAGCGCCUCAUCGCCCAGCACGCCCCUUACCCACACGACAAGCGCCUCAUCGCCCAGCACGCCCCACACCCACACGACAAGCGCCUCAUCGGCCAGCACGCCCCGCACCCACACGACAAGCGCCUCAUCGCCCAGCACGCCCCUUACCCACACGACAAGCGCCUCAUCGCCCAGCACGCCCCGCACCCACACGACAAGCGCCUCAUCGCCCAGCACGCCCCGCACCCACACGACAAGCACCUCAUCGCCCAGCACGCCCCACACCCACACGACAAGCACCUCAUCGCCCAGCACGCCCCACACCCACACGACAAGGGCCUCAUCGCCCAGCACGCCCCGCACCCACACGACAAGCGCCUCGUCAGCGUGUCCAAAGCGGCGGUGACUCACGCGGAGCAGGACGAUGCCCUCCUUUCCCUGCACCAUCACCUCUCCUCCAACACCUGGCCUCACCUAGAAACCUGA